AUCCACAGGAGGAACAACUCGGAUGGCGGCAACCUUCCCUCGUCCUUCUCCCCUUCGAAGUCAACAUCUACCACUGCCACCACCAACGCCACAGCCACCUCCACGCCCUCUUCCCCCUUCUUGCCAUCACCACCGGCUGCUACUGCUGCCGCCCUCACUGGCCAGCCUGACCAACCACAGCAGGACAACAGUAUAGCCAUCAGCAGCAGCCGUCGUCCACUCAGCAUGGCCUGCCCCAGACUCCAGCUCGAGACUCAUGCUCUGGGCCAGUGGCAGCAGACAGGCCCUGUUGCCAUCGACAGCCCUCGCUCCCCAACCAAGGCAUUGCGCGAUGAUCCCAACAGCCACAAUGUCGACAGCAACCCGAGCAGGGCUUCCUCCAAGCCCAACCUGACCACUCUCUCUGCCAGAUUCUCCAACAACAGCUCCCCCUCCAAGGACAAGCCUCCUGCCACCAAGGACAACAACCAAGACAAGACCAACAAGGCCAGGUCCUCGACCAACCUCAAGGGCCUGCUGCUCUCCCGCCCCAAGUCUGACAAGACCAUCGAUCUCUCCCUGGAGAAAGAGAGCCAGCGGGGCAAGAACAAAGAGAAUAGGAAGCCAUCAGAUCCCAACUCACCCGCAAUAACGCCCAUCUACGCGCAGUUCUGCAAGGGCUCCUCUCUGGGCAGCGCCGUCUCUGUCCCCAGCUCACCCUUCGACAUGCCCGCCGACCCCUUCACCCAGGCGGGCCUGCUCAACCUUCACAGCUCGUUCCGCCCUGCCGCAGCAUCCAACGGGACCUCUGGCCCAAAGCAGAGGCCCAAGUCGUUUCAGCCCCAGCACAUCCCAAAGUCCGACACCGCCGGCGUGGAGCAGCAGCAGAGGGUUACACGUGGGAGGCUCAAGACCGACGACGAGCAUGCCGAGGGCCAGAAGUCGUCCACUUGGGCCAAGACGCGGUCUGGUUCGCGUGCCAGGGUCAUAUCGGCCCUCUCCAAUCUGGGAGGUCAAAAGUCCAAGUCCUCUUCGCCCACCCCCGAGCCCGAGUCGAGCGAGCCCCAGAUCGAUCCCAAGGAUGUCGAUAGGCACCUGGAGGCCAUGUUGGACCGGCGCAACAUCCCAGAGAACCAGAGGUACAAGAUGCGCAACUUGAACAGCACCAUCAAGAUGGAGUUCAUCCGCCAGGACUGGGCCGAGGCCGACGCCAAGAAGCUGGGCCGCCGUCCCACGAACGAGAGCGACGACUCCGCCGUGGCCGUCGGCCAGACCUCGGUACGCGGCGAUGCAGGCGCCGACAAGAGGCACACCCGCGGCAGGAGCUUCACGUUCUCGCGCAACAGCUGGAAGAUCGGGGCCUCCCCGUCCAAGGGCAAGAAGAAGGAUGCGCCCGCCAAGGGCCACAGCAGGAACAAGUCGACAGACAGCGUCAUCAUGGACAGGCCUCCCUCGGCGGGCUCGCACGCCGGGAGCGGCAUCAUUGCCAAGGUCACGGGCCAGCAGCCAUCUGACUUUGUCAACUACCUGCGCAAGGUGCAGAAGCCAGAGGCCGUCGAGGUCGGCAAGCUCCACAAGCUGCGGCUUCUGCUCCGCAACGAGCGUGUCGCCUGGACCGAGGACUUUAUCAAGCAGGGCGGCAUGAAGGAGAUUGUUGGUCUGCUGCGGCGGAUCAUGGAUGUCGAGUGGAGGGAAGAACAUGAAGAUGCGCUGCUACACGAAGAUCUGCUCUGCCUAAAGGCCCUGUGCACGACAGCUCUGGCCCUGCAGUACCUACACGAGAUCCAGGACACACUCCUCCCCGCCCUGAUCCACCUGAUUUUCGAUCCCGAGAGGAAAGGCCCCAGCGAGUUCACGACACGCAACAUCAUCACCUCGGUGCUUCUCACCUACAUCCAGAGUAGUGCCGAGCAGGAGCGCGUGGCCAGAGCCCAGACCGUCCUCUCCUACCUCCGCGACCCGGCGCCCAAGGAGGAAGAGCGACCAGUCGAGUUUGUCCUAGAGAUGAGGCGGGAGCGACCCUACCGCGUCUGGAACAAGGAGGUGGUCAGUGUCACCAAGGAGGUCUUCUGGAUCUUCCUGCACCAUCUCAACGUGGUCGCCUUGCCUGCAGGGCGCGACAGAUCAUGGGCCGACGACAAGUAUGCUUACAUGCACCGGCACUUCCCGCAGGAGCGCCCGCCGGUGCCCGCCGCUCCAUAUGUGGGCGGUGUCGAGUGGGAUGCGACCAACUACCUCGCCUCGCACCUGGACCUGUUGAACGCGAUUAUUGCCUGUACGCCCACACAGGCGGAGCGAAACUCGCUGCGGGAGCAGUUCCGCAUGUCAGGCUGGGAACGCUGUCUGGGCGGCAGCCUACGGCUGUGCAAGGAGAAGUUCUAUCCAGGUGUGCACGACGCACUUCGCACUUGGGUGGCUGCGGCCGCCGACGAUGGCUGGAACGUCCGAGACGUGCGGUUUGGACCGCCACAGGAAUCCCGGAGCGCGUCGCCCAAAAAGGCGGCUGCUGCCGGUGCGUCGCCCAAGAAGGAGCCGCCGCCACGGCUGGAGAUGCCCAAGCUGGAUUUCGUUCUGGACGGGCCCCUGUCCGCUGCCCCUUAG